GAAGUGUGUGCGGCCGAGGGGACUCCGCGGCGGACACAGCUCCAGGCUGAGGCUGCGUGAAGGCUCCGCUUCCGGCGGCCGCCUACUGUGACCAGGGUGGUCUGCGCUGUCACCCACGGGCUCAGCGCGGCGUCCGGCGACCGCCUUACGCUGAGCUGGCCCAGCGGCUGUGAUCCCUGCGCGUGCAAGCCGAGGCCCCGCGGCCAUGAACGGCAAAGAAGGACCAGGAGGGUUCAGGAAGAGGAAGCAUGACACCUUCCCACAUAACCAAAGGAGAGAGGGGAAGGAUGCCAGUUUGUCUUCGCCGGUGAUGCUGGCCUUCAAAACAUUUCAGCAGGAGCUGGACACCAGGCACGACAAAUAUGAGAGACUCGUGAAGCUAAGCCGGGAUAUUACUGUGGAAAGUAAGAGGACAAUUUUUCUUCUCCAUAGGAUUACAAGUGCUCCUGAUAUGGAGGAGAUACUGACUGAAUCAGAAAGUAAGCUGGAUGGUGUCAGACAGAAGAUCCUGCAGGUAGCCCAAGAGCUGUCGGGGGAAGACAUGCACCAGUUCCAUCGAGCCGUCACUACAGGACUGCAGGAAUACGUGGAGGCUGUCUCUUUUCAGCACUUCAUCAAAACUCGUUCAUUGAUCAGUAUGGAAGAGAUUAACAAGCAGUUGACGUUUACAGCAGAAGACAGUGGGAAAGAGAGCAAGACUCCUCCCGCGGACGGGCAAGAGAAGCAGCCGGUUACAUGGAGACUGAAGAUCACACCUGUUGACUACCUGCUGGGCGUGGCCGACCUAACUGGAGAGUUGAUGCGGAUGUGUAUUAACAGUGUGGGGAAUGGGGACAUCGACACCCCCUUUGAAGUGAGCCAGUUUUUACGCCAGGUUUACGAUGGGUUCUCGUUCAUUGGCAACACUGGGCCCUAUGAGGUCUCUAAGAAGCUGUACACCUUGAAACAGAGCCUGGCCAAAGUGGAGAACGCUUGCUAUGCCCUGAAAGUCCGGGGUUCCGAGAUUCCUAAGCACAUGCUGGCAGACGUGUUUUCAGUUAAAACAGACAUGAUUGAUCAGGAAGAGAGCAUUUCUUAAGCAGCCCCACUCUGCUCUCUAAGGAGCGCCUGGGCGACCAGUUGGUGAGACUGUUCUGAGUGUGCAUCUGAGCGCAUUGGGGCUUCUGUAGACGUUCCCACUUGUACUAGUUUGAAGUUGUAAACAGCUGUAUAUAAGUUUGUCCACAGGGACGUUGUUUCUUACACUCACGCGCAUUUGCAUACAGUGUUUGUAUAUGUGCUCGCUCUAUUGCUGUGUGAACGUGCUUCCGAUGGCACUUUCUGCCACACCUACUUUAGUUCACUUUGAACUUGGAGUGACAUUUUGGGUGGAAGGAAGUCUCUUUAAGUGGGUGAUUCUGUGUAUGGAGGGAAAAGUGUGGUGACACUUCUGGAGUGAGCUUCCUGCUUACGUCCCUCAGCAGUAUCAUGGCAAGCCUUUAAAGUGGGCUUAGCACGUGAAACAGCAAUUUAAAUAUGUAAGUUAUCAGUGUUUUUUAAGUGCAAGUUUUGGUGGUGGUAUAAUGAGAAUUCACUUAAAAUUCUGGCCAAGUUUAGGUCGUUUUGAAUUCGUAGGAAGCAGUUUUCCUGGAGAGUUGAUGGGUAUCUGGAUGUUCACUUUCCCACGUCGUCUUCUCCUUUCUCACCGAUGUGGGAAGGAAGGAGCUGACACUGGCCAUCACUGGUGACGCUGAGUAACUGACUCCACACUCGUGUGUAGGUUGUGAGCAGCCAGGCCCUUUGUCGUGUGUUAGGUGUGCUGCACUUUCCUAGCCCAGCCGUCCUGGGACCCACAGAGGAGCAGCCACAGUGCUGACAACCCAAACCUUUACACUUGCCCCUUGGUGUUCGCUAGCGAUGUUGCCAAAGAAAAAAGAAUUGUGUAUAAUUCAGCAAUAAGACAAUUGCCAACACAGGAGGGAGCGUUGGGCGUGGGUUCAUCUCCCCAGUCAGUCAGAGAGAGUCAUCUGUGGUGAGAGCCUGGCUUGAGCGUGGCCUGCGGCUGACAAUGCCACAUGCUUUCAACGAGUUCUGUGACUUUUCACAACUUAGAUACUGGGCUUUAUUUUUGGAAAGAAUAUCUAUUUGUAAGGCUGGUUCUUUGAAAGUGUAAUUUUCCAAAAAGUCUCACCAAAAGUAAAAUAAAGUGUGUACAUGCCUGGUAAGUUAGAUUUGUUGUCCUGGUGGUGAUGAGGCUUCGCCUCCCUGUAGUAAGAUGGACUCCUGUAGUCAGUCCUGGUACCUGCUCUGUCUGUCUGUUUUUUUUUUCAGCUACUUCAAGUGGAAUUUAUAAUGUUAAAAUAAUGGAUUGAAGAAUGUUUUACAGAAAUUUAAAGCAAACUUUAAAUAAAAUAUUAAAACUACA